UCAAGUUACGAGUGAUAAACAUGGACUUCAGUGAUGUAUAUAACUCUGAUGUCAGAGUGAAGAAGGAACCAGAUGAUGUUUCCCCAAUUAAAAAUGAAGAUUAUAAGAUAAUUGACAAUGCAUGCGAUGCUAAAAACGACGAAUUCUCGAGUUUUUGUCGAGAAAAUUUAAUUUAUGGGCUUCGUGAAAAUGAUGAAAAUUCUGGACCUAAUAACGAUUUGGAAAUAGAAUUCGAAUGUAAGGACGAGAAGCUUGGCAAUAACUUAUUAGUAGUCAAGAAAAUCGAGGACGAUUAUCCAGAUCAAUGGCAGCAUAUGAAAAAUAGUUGCAAUUAUCAGACUCCAAAGAAAAUUAAAGAAGAAAUUGUCGACAAAGUAAAAGAGGAAUUGAAUUUGGAUGGUGAACUCAGUGAUGCAUUUGAUGCAAAUGAAAAAACAUUUGCUCAAAAUAGUCAACGCAAACCCCAAACUGAUAAGGCACGCAAUCGUACCAAAUAUCCAUGUGAUAUAUGCGGUAAAAAAUUUUCACGAAAAGAUUAUCUCAAGGUCCACAUCGAUUCAGUACAUAAUGGUGCUAAACACGCGUGUGGUGUAUGUGGAAAGUCUUUUCCACAAAAAUGUUAUCUCAAAAUUCAUAUCGAUGUGAUGCAUAAAGGUAUGGCACCUACUUGCGAAGUAUGCGGGAAGAAAUUCUUAACUGAAGCUGCACUCAAGAUUCACAUCGGUGCACACAAUGGUGUUAAACAUCCAUGUAAUAUAUGCGGUAAAAAAUUUUCACGAAAAGGUCUUCUCAAGGUCCACAUCGAUGGAGUUCAUAAUGGUGUCAAGCAUACGUGCGUUACAUGUCGAAAAACAUUCACCCAAAAAGGAGAUCUCAAGAUUCACAUCGAUGCAAUUCAUAAUGGUAUUAAACAUGAGUGUGGUAUAUGUGAAAAGACAUUCACACAGAAAGGACAUCUAAAGAGGCAUAUCAAGGGACAUUAUGGUGUUAAACAUUCGUGUGUUACAUGUGGAAAGACAUUCACACAAAAAUUUUCUCUCAAAAUUCAUAUCGAUGCGAUGCAUAAUGGUGUUAAGCAUGCGUGUAGUAUAUGUGGAAAGACCUUCACACAAAAAUGUUAUCUCAAGGUUCACAUCGAUGCGAUGCAUAAAGGUGUGGCACAUACUUGCGAAGUGUGCGGAAAGACAUUCACAAUAAAGGGUAAUCUUAAAAAACACAUGAAUUUGAUGCAUAAUAAGACAUAAUAAGAUAUUGUUAUAAGUGCGGCAAGACAUUUUCUCAAAAGGAUCGUCUUAUAACUCACAUUAAAACGCAGCACGAAGACAUUGAUCACGCUUGUGUUUAAUUGUGGAAAAAAAUUUAAACAUAGAAAAUAUUUAUGCAGACACGUCAAAAGUGUGCAUGAAGCCAAUACCCAAGCACGAGAUCAAUACAAAAGAUCUUAAAACGUACCUAUCAAUACCGCGCAAAAUGAUGAAACAUCGAGACAAAUAAAUAAAUUAACAUAUCAUAAA